AGAUAAGUAUUUUAUUUUGGAGAAUAUAUAAAUGGAAAAAAAGUUGGAAUUUGGGAUAUUUAUAAUAAUGAUGCCAAUUCAUAGAUAAAUUAAUAAAUGUAAUUAUGUUUAUAUUAAUAUAGAGGAGGAGGAUUAUAUGACGACUAAAAAGAAAACGUAAAGAUAGGAAGAUGGAUUGAGUUAACUGAAGGAUUUUGGAGGUUUCUUAAAUUUAUUAUAAUUGAUCAGGGAUUGCUAAAGCAUAUUAUUUGGUCAAUAUAAUAAAAAUGGCAAAAAAAUUGGUCAAUGGGAUGAAAUGAAAAAAAUUGGUAAUAUAUUUGAAACAUAUUAAAAAAUGUAAAACUUAAUAUUUAAUUGUAAAAUUUAGAAGUGAGAAAAAUUAUGGUAACUGAAAAAUAAAUUUCAGCAAGA